GACUUUUAAAGUUGUUUUCGUUAGUUAUAAAUAAGAAUUUUUCAAUCUAUGCCAGUUUCUUACUGGGUUUUGUGCUGCUCCAAAUGCUUUUUGUUUCAAGUUCACCACUCUAAAAAGUCAAAGACUUGGAUUUGCAAAGUUUGUUCAUGCAAACAGUCCGUUUUAAAGGUUUUCGCUGAAGGAAGUUCGCAAGAUUGUCGCAAAGUCGUACAGAAAUUAAAUAAAGAAGGUAUUGAGCGUCAAGCAAAGCUGUGCAAAUACGGCAUAGCAAAUCAUCCCAGUAUACGGCAGUGGAAUCCAAACAAGAAUUUACCUAGUAAAAUCAUAUCCACAGAAAACCGAUUAUCCGAAGACAGUGAUCUAACAAAUGAGGAGGAUAUUAAUUCCAACACUGACGAAGUUUCAUACAAAUUAUAUCCGUGUUCAAAGCCGUCUAAUUCUCUCAUGCAAACAAGUGCAAAAAGCGGAAAACACUCUUUAUUUCCUACUUCUAUUGCUGAAUAUCCUGGAGCCGUUGCUUCUUCCUCACUGACUGAUGAUUCGUUUACAGAUGCAUCCCGAAAAUCUGGUUCAAAAUGGGACGUCUAUUUGUGAUACUAUUAUAAAAUUGAGAAACAAGUUAUACAGUUUAUAUUCAUUAUUGAUUAUUUUCGUAACUAUUUUCAAUUACUCUGUUUUUCCUCUUAAAAAGUCACCUGAUGAAAUACAACUUUGAUAUUCCGAUAACGCAAAA